AUUGGCUGCAUUUGCUAUCAGAGAUUUGAAGUUGUGCAUGAUUAUCUUGCAGUUUCUUUUCAAAUUUUCUUAGAUUUGUUUCAAUAAUGCCGCAAGAAAUGAACGUUUUGUGUUGUUAUUCCUGUAAAAUGUACCAAGUGCACAUUGUUAAAAAAGCACGCAAAUGGCAUUGCAAGUUGUGUAACGCAAAACAAUCUAUGCAGCAGAUAUAUUUUCAAGGAUCUGGACGGGAUUGUCGUCUUCAUGUCCAACAGUUGAAUGCUAUGAAAGCAAAUAAUACGUUCUUUACACCUACUGAGGAAGAUGAUGUUGAAGAUACUUGUGAUGCGCUUACAAAUAUUCAUCAAGAAUCGGACAGUGACCAGGCUGCUGAAAAUAAAUGGACAAAAUAUUCAUCAGAGACAGAAGAUGUGGAAGAUUUAGUUUUCGACAAGAAAAUCGACAAUCUAACACCAAGUAAGAAACCCUCAUAUAAUAAUAUAAAUAAGAAUUUAAGUUUUGAAAAAUAUUUAGAUGAUACUGAUUUUGAAAGUGAAGAUGUUAAUAAUGAGACAGAAGGAUUAUGUUUUACGAGUUUUAACCGUAAUUCCAAUAAUGAUGAUAAAUGCAAUAUGCAAGAUAACAUUAAAUCUAAUGAAGAUUGUAACAAUACCACCAGUAUUUUUGAAACUUAUGAUGAAUUAGAUGAUCCUCUUGAUUUUUGAUUUUCUUAAACGAUUCACAAAUUUCUUACUUUUUUCUAAUGAAAG